AUGGCUGCAAGUACCCCAGGUCCUAAGAUCUUUGACGAUGCGAACCGAUCGACCAAACCAUCCAUGUUACGGGCCAUAAUGUCAUCCAGAACCCAUAAACGAAAUCAAUCGGCUGACGACGCCAUUGCCCCGCGGCCAGUGCAGAGAAGCAAGCCAACCGAGAACAACUCCUACCCAUUUGGAGAGGCCGGCUCCACUCAGAUUUAUCGUCCUUUGGCUGAAAUUGUGCCCAACCGUGAUAUGGGCGACAACGGGGUUACCUCGCCCAAGAUAGGUAGCAAGGAAAACAAAGGUGCCCUGCAUAAGAAGACAAAGAGCGCUGUCUCACUGAAGUCUCUGAGAAGCUAUAUGGAGCGGAAAGAUGGCAGGUCAGAUGACAUCCCCGCUCAGAGUGAGGAUCUAUCGCCCAAGAAGGCCAAAUCGUCCAAUAGUCUCUCGGCCAUCCUCAAGAGAUCCCAACGGGGAAGGAAGGAUGGCUCCAAACAGAGUCGUGAUAAAGAGAACCGCAGCCCAACCGAGUUGAUCGAUAACAUGCCGUCCCCAGUCUGCUCAAUCGACUCGGUGUCAGUACACCGAGAGCCGAUCGGCCGAUCGAGGCCAAACUCCACCGCCGAUAUAAGACGAACGGUGGCCGAGGAAGUGUCCCUCUAUACACCAAAGGGCUACGGGCCAGGCCAGCAACGCAACUUCUAUGACUACCAUCAACCAUCCCUCACCAAAUCGAGUGAUACCAAGCCUCGUCCCAAGUCAGACGUUCUCACAGGAAAUCGGAAGGUGAAGGAUUUGCUUGGAUUGCAGCGUGCUACGUCGGGAGAAACAAAUCCCGUGCGAUUGGAUGGCGCUUCUUCCAAGAGCCGAGGGCCAUCGAGCCCUCGAAAGAUCUCUCCUCCUACCAUGGCAACAGAACAGCCCAAGCGGCUCUCUCGUGUGCAGGCUGCUAUCUCAGCAUUGAAUGCAAAGGAGCGGGAUUCCGAGGUGCACCAGCAUUUGGAUUCUAAGAAUCUCGAGAGCGAGUUUGAGAAGCUGCUGGAUGCGAGAAACAUCCCGCAUAACAUGAGAGACAAGAUGCGCUCACUUGAUACCAAUAUCAAGGCUGACUUUAUCCAGAAAGAUCGGACAGAGAAUGCGACUCCCCUCAGUGGUGGAACCGGUGACAGCCGUCGAGGGCGUGGUAAAGAAUCUCAAGGCAGCCAAGCAGAGGACCGUAAAGGCUCUCGCUCACGAUCUAGAAGCCGUGGCUUUGCCUUCAAGGGCCCUUCGUCCCCUGGCAAAAAAUUACGGCGGGACAGUGAAGCUUCAAGCCGCCGUCCGAGGUCUGUGGAUCUUUCCCAGCCUGUCGGUGUCUACACGACUCUCUCUACCAAUGCUUCAACUGCUUCACUUGCUGAGGCGGCUGCUGUUGAUACUGCAGCGGAUCCUUCCGACUUUGUCCAUUACUUGAGAGAGAUCCAAAAACCGGAAAUGGUUGAAGUGGGAAAGGUGCACAAGCUGCGCCUACUCCUACGUAACGAAACCGUGCAGUGGGUCAACGACUUUAUCACCGAAGGGGGCAUGGAUGAGAUUGUACAGCUUCUCUACCGCAUUAUGAAGAUGACUUGGCGCGAGGACCACGAGGAUACCCUUCUGCAUGAGGCGCUCCUCUGCCUUAAGGCCCUAUGCACGACAUCUGUGGCCCUAGCACAUCUCGCUGCCAUCGAGGAUGAGCUUUUCCCCGCAUUGCUGAACAUGCUCUUUGACGAGGAAAAGAAGGGCCCCAGUGAGUUCACCACUCGCGGGAUCAUCGCAAAUCUGCUGUUCACACAGCUCUCCACUGCUCCUGCCGGAGAACCGGCCACCAAAUGCGCCAAAAAGAUCCUUGGUUAUCUCAAGGAUCCUGCGCCUCCAGCGGACAACCAGCCGCUGGCGUUCAUUGCCAACAUCUACCAAUCACGACCAUACAGAGUUUGGUGCAAGGAGGUCACCAACGUGACCAAGGAGGUGUUCUGGAUUUUCCUCCAUCACCUCAACGUGAUUCCCCUCCCUAAGACGGAGGAUCUCUUCGGUGAGAAGCCAGCAACAGACACUCGUCCUUACAGCGAGCGUCAUUUCCCACCACCUCGCCCUCCCGUCCCGGCUGCCCCCUACGUUGGAGGUGUCGAAUGGGAUGCGACCAACUACCUCGCCGCGCAUCUUGAUCUCGUGAAUGGCCUGAUCGCCUGCAUGCCUACCCAGGAAGAGCGCAACCAACUUCGCGACGAGCUCCGUGCCUCUGGUUUCGAGAAAGUCAUGGGCAGUAGUCUGCGCACUUGCAAGGAGAAAUUCUACUCUUCGGUACACGAUUGCUUGCGUACCUGGGUCGCUGCCGCUGCCGACGAUGGCUGGCCCUAUACCUUCGUGCGCGAAGGCCCGCCUCGUGCAGGCGAUCCCAACAAAUCCCCCAAGAAGUCCGCCCCCGGCAGUCCCAGAAAGGGUCUGAUCGACGAGCGGCCACCCAAGCUAGAGCUUGCUCUGGAUUUCGAUAACCGCGCAGCUCCUGGUCCAUCAACCCCGUCGAGCGACCUGCGCAGCUGGCUCUGA